CGUAAACGCCCAUUGCCACAAACUGGGCACACUGCGCCCAACCAAAAACAGCCACGUCAACUUUUUCCAUCCACCCACUUGAGAAAGAACACGACAGCCCAGAGGAAAACUAGUUGCAAAGGUGACUAAGAAAAUUGCGUGAGACAAAGGCCGAAAAGCCCGAGGCAAUGAAGAGGUGCAAACCUGAAAAGCGUCCGAGAAGCGCAGUCGCAGCCAACGAGACAACAUAAUCAAGUCGCGAAACAGAAAUCAGAUAAAGUUCAGAUCGGAAACAAUGCAAACCUAAUACGGAAGCGCCUCUAACAAGUCGCAACCACAACGCAUUUUAAUACACACAACCUGAACAGCAAUUUUUUCACCAUGGCCCCCACCGCCAAUACAGUUUUGAUAUCCGUACCGCGGACAGUGGGAAUCACAUCAGCCUCGCUGCCCAAGCUUCGACCAGCACCCCUCACGGCUGCCCUUCUGAAGGCUAGCUCAUCGCCCACACCCUCGAGCUCGGGAUACGCUUCGUCCUCAAACAGUGUUAUAGAGGAGGAGACCAUGGCGGCAGCGCCGCCAAAGGCCAAGAAGCGCCGCCUCGACCACUUGACCUGGGAGGAGAAAGUGCAGAGAAAGAAGCUAAAGAACCGGGUGGCAGCACAAACAUCGCGUGACCGCAAAAAGGCCCGCAUGGAAGAAAUGGAAUAUGAGAUCAAAGAACUAACAGACAAGACGGAAAUACUUCAGAACAAGUGCGACAGCCUACAGGCGAUCAAUGAGUCGCUAUUGGCCAAGAAUCACAAACUGGACUCUGAGCUGGAGCUCAUGCGACAGGAACUCGCCGAAUUGAAAGAGCAGCAGCAACAGCUCUCCAAAUCCACCGCCACAACCAUCAUCACCAACACCAGCAACAGCCAAUCCAACGCCAGCAUAGGCGCUGAGGGCUGUGCGUCCACAAACCUUGGAUCCGCAGCAUCCAAUGCUGACUCUGCAGCAGGGUACACAUCAAGUGGACACACAGUCGUCAGCGCGUCUGCUGACGGAGCAGCUGAAGAGCAGCCGGAGCCUGGCUUCUCUCUGGAAGGUUGUGGCCCUCUGCCUUCUCUACAAGACAUGCUUGGCGACGACGAAGAAUUCGACGUCCGGCGUCUCGAAGAGCUGGCCGAAAGUCUGCUCGCAGAUAUCACCGCAGACCUGGAGACAGGCCCUGGAGAGGGCUGCUCAGCUGCUGCCGAAGAUACAGGCAAGCCGGAGCGACUGCCUGGAUCAGUGGUGGGGUCCACAACAGAGCGCCUGGAAUCCAGCGGGCAUAGAGCUGGUGGCUUAGAGAAGGAAGAGGAUACCAACAAAAAGCACAGCCUUAAUGUGCCGGUGUUGGAGUUAAAUGGAAACAAACAGAAAACAGAAGUGCCGGUCCCGACGACAACAACCACAGCCAAGACAGAAACGGCAGCGCCAAUCGCUUCAGUCAUGCAGGGAACUCCGGAUACGGUUUAUGGCACCUACGAUGCCAAGACGAAUUCGAUCACCAUUGUAAUGGACGGCGACGCAGUGCCGGUUAAUGAGGCCGUCAUGGAGAUUUACAGCGACGGUGUCACCGCUGGCGACGACGCCACAGAUGUGGUGAUGAAAUGUCCGCCGCCAGCGACGUCGCCGUCGCAAGUCUAUCUCAAUGUGGUGAAUGCCACGGAAGACUCCGACGACGAGAGCUUCGAGUCUUUUGAACGGUUUCUCUGCCCUCGCGUCAAGGCAAUCUCACCCCUGGCUAAAUCUCCUGCGUUGUCCCUGCACUCAGCGACCUCAGACCACGGCUAUGAGUCCAUACUGGGAUCGCCAUCAUCCACACCACUCACCCUGCCCGUCGACGAGGAAGAUUUCGCGUGGCAGAGCAAUUUUGAUGAGCUAUUCCCAAGUUUGAUUUAGGCCCUGGGCUUGGUGAUCGUUUUUCAAAUUGAAAAUUAUGUUGGCCCAACGUUCGUUCUCUCUGUUUAAUUGUUAAGGUUGGCAGCCGCUUAAAGUUAAGUUACUAGUUAUAGGCUGUAUAGAAUUUCGUCAUCGAAGGCUUUACAUAUGAUAUUCAUUUUAAGCACUAAGUUUAACUGUAUGUUUCCAUUUAUGUUUAACACUUUAUAA